AUGGAGCUUAUGCAGCUGAGGCAAGGGGAUAUGACUGUUGCUGAGUAUGCUCGUAAUUUCGAUGACUUGUGUUGUUUCUCUAAGAUCUGCCAAGGGAAUCCUGCUGACUUUGAAGAAUGGAAGUGCUUGAAGUUUGAAGGAGGCCUUCGUGAUGAUCUGAUGAGUUCAAUAGUUUCGCUGGAGAUACGUAAUUUUGCCGAAUUAGUCAACAAGAGCAAGUUAGUGGAAGAAUGUAUUAAGAAAGUGACUGUGGCUAAAGUGAGUCGCCAAGGAUUUCCACCAAGGCGUCUUAGCAAUCAUCAGACAGCUGGGAGAAGGGUGCAUUUUAAAGCACGUGGCAUACGACAGUGUAAGAACCUACAAGUUGGUAGCAUUACUGAUCGCCGUAUGGGUAAGAAUGGAGGUCUUGCCAGUUCGGAUCACCUAACUGCUAUGCUUGUAGAGAACUUGGACAUAUUGCCAAGGAUUGUCCAAAGGGAUUUACUCGAAAUCCAGUUAGCACUCAACAACAAGGACGAGUGUUUGCUAUCACUAUUGACAAUGUUAUGCAAUCGAACACCCUCAUUCAAGGUCAGGCUAUGUCAAGAAUCGAUUUCUAACUGCUGGAGUGACUGUGAGGGAUACGUUCUGUUAGCGGCUAGCUUGAAUGAUAGUGAAUUAAGCUUAGAACGAAUCCAAAUGGUGAAAGAAUUUCCUGAUGUUUUCUUGGACGACAUACCUGAGUUUCUUCCUCAACAAGAGAUAAAAUUCAGCAUUGAUCUAGUACCUGGAACCGGACCGAUUUUCAUAGCACCGUACCGGAUGUCACCAUUGUUUGCAGAGCUGAAGAAGCUAUGA